UCGAGACGUGCACGCUUGUUAUUUCCCGACUGUACCAACGAACUGAAUUCAGCAACGAACGCGCCGCAAAAUCUCGGCCCAAUCGAAUCCGGGCAGUGUCACGACAACAAAAACCGUCGCAGACGUAACCAGCAGCGGACCGCGCGAGUCGUGCGAGUUGCGAUACCGAAAUGUGUAUUGCGGCGGUUUAAUACAAUAAACGUGACAGGUGAUAUUAUAUCGAUACGUCUGAGAAACGGCACACGAUCGACGUGCUAUAUAGACGGGGCAGUUUCGAGUAGACUACGAGCUCUUGGGAACUAAGGGAUCUGGGCUUGGAGGUGCUCGGACUGGCGUGCUGGGCAGCGGGCGCGGUAGCUGGUGAGGCAGGACGGUGGCGCGGGCCGGCGGCGAAGGUCUCCCGCGGGGCGGCAUGGGCGCGCGGUAGCGGGCGCGCGCGUGCGCGGAUCGAUCGCGCGGCAUCGAGCGGGAGGCAGGUAGGGCGCGCGCGGGCUCGGCUCAGUCGCGCGCGGGCCGGCGUGCGAGCCGCGCGUCGCUGCACGUGCAUGGCGCGACUGUCUGGAUGCCUCGCGCCCUCGGGGAAUGGCUUCGUCCGAGGAAGAGGCGACAACCGCGCCGAACAGUGAAGAUGAUUGCCUCAGCGUGCGAAAAUGGUGGUGCUUCCUGCUGUCGUCGAUCUUCACGUUCCUCGCGGGGCUCAUGGUGGUGCUGGUGUGGCGCGCGUGCGCCUUCGUGUGCUGCCGCCGCGAGCCCGAGCUGUCGCCCAACGACCCCAAGCAGAAGGAGCAGAAAGCGGCGCGCCAGGGCAAACAGGAGUUCGAGGGCACCUUCAUGACCGAGGCCAAGGACUGGGCCGGCGAACUCAUCUCCGGCCAGACCACCACCGGACGAAUACUGGUAGUGUUGGUGUUCAUUCUGAGUAUAGCAUCGCUCAUCAUCUACUUCAUCGACGCGUCCAGGAAUACCGAGGAGGUGGAGCGAUGCCAGAAAUGGAGUGACAAUAUUACUCAGCAAAUCGACCUUGCCUUUAACAUAUUUUUUAUGGUCUACUUUUUUAUACGAUUUAUAGCAGCUAGUGACAAACUAUGGUUCAUGCUCGAGAUGUAUUCAUUUGUAGAUUAUUUCACGAUACCCCCAUCCUUUGUAUCAAUAUACCUGGAUAGAACGUGGAUAGGGCUAAGGUUUCUUCGAGCUCUACGCUUAAUGACCGUGCCUGAUAUUUUGCAGUACCUCAAUAUAUUAAAGACAUCGAGCUCAAUUCGUUUGGCGCAAUUAGUUUCUAUCUUUAUAUCAGUAUGGCUUACAGCGGCCGGCAUUAUUCAUUUAUUGGAAAAUUCUGGUGAUCCACUGGAGUUUGACAAUGCGCAAUCAUUGUCGUAUUGGACGUGCGUGUACUUUCUGAUAGUCACCAUGUCCACUGUAGGUUACGGUGAUGUGUUCUGUCACACUGUGCUUGGCAGAACGUUUUUGGUUUUUUUUCUUCUCGUCGGCUUGGCUGUGUUCGCCAGCUGGAUCCCCGAGAUCACGGAGCUGGCGGCGCAGCGCAACAAAUACGGCGGCCGGUACAACAAGGACGUCCGCCGCAGGCAUAUAGUCGUAUGUGGACAUAUAACAUACGAAUCAGUGAGCCAUUUCUUAAAAGACUUCCUACAUGAGGACCGAGAGGAUGUGGAUGUGGAGGUUGUUUUUUUACACAGAAAGGAGCCUGACCUAGAGCUGGAAGGCCUCCUGAAGCGCCACUACACCACGGUGGAGUUUUUUCAGGGUACAAUGAUGAAUGCCGUCGACCUUGAGCGAGUCAAGGUGCACGAAGCGGACGCGUGUUUGGUUCUGGCCAACAAAUAUUGCCAAGACCCGGACGCUGAGGAUGCGGCGAACAUUAUGAGGGUUAUAUCCAUUAAGAACUACUCCGACGACAUCAGGGUCAUCAUACAGCUGAUGCAGUACCACAAUAAGGCCUACCUACUUAACAUUCCAUCCUGGGACUGGAAGCAGGGAGAUGACGUCAUUUGUUUAGCGGAGCUGAAGUUGGGUUUUAUCGCGCAAAGCUGUCUGGCGCCCGGUUUCUCCACUAUGAUGGCCAACCUUUUCGCUAUGAGAAGUUUUAAAACGUCCCCCGACACUCAGGCUUGGCAGAACGAUUACCUGCAGGGCACAGGCUGUGAGAUGUACACGGAAACUCUGUCGACUUCCUUUACGGGAAUGACCUUUUCACAAGCUAGCGAGUUAUGUUUUACGAAGUUGAAAUUGCUCCUUUUGGCGAUCGAGAUCAAAGGCGAGGAAGGGACGGACAGCAAAAUCUCAAUAAACCCACGCAACGCGAAGAUACAUGCGAACACACAAGGUUUCUUUAUUGCACAGUCCGCGGAUGAGGUUAAAAGGGCUUGGUUUUAUUGCAAAGCGUGCCACGAAGACAUCAAAGACGAGACACUCAUCAAAAAAUGCAAAUGUAAAAAUUUGACCGCGCACCAGCGGAAGGUCGGAGCCGACAUAGAUGUCGGAAUGAUGAUGAUGCAGACGGGGAUGGUGAAACAAAGUAAUACUUAUCGAAGUGUCGAUGUGGCUACAUUCAGGAAAGGCGUACGAGCCGUCCAGAUGGUUGGCCGGGCAAAUGACCACCAUCCUCCCCCCACCUUCACGCCGCCAGAGUUGCCCAAGAAGGUCCAUGUUCGAGGUGAAAUCGCUCGCGAGAGGGGAGAAGAUAUCAGUUUAAUAAACCGGAAUCAUCGGAGCGCAGCGCCCACGGCCCUUCUGUCACCAAUGGCUAACCAGCUGAUGAACACCACGACCACUAGGCAGGUUAACAAGGUGAAGCCAAACGUCAACAGAGCACCGCCUGAUACGAAUACGCAAGACCAAGAUACGAAUUACCAAGCCUAUCAUCUAGCCUACGAAGUGAAAAAACUCAUGCCAACGAGUAGAAGUAGUGGGGGUAACCAGAAUAGUAACGGAGUCAGUCUGCCAGCGGGCCUGGCGGACGACCAGUCGAAGGACUUCGACUUUGAAAAGACUGAAAUGAAGUACGACUCUACUGGAAUGUUCCAUUGGAGUCCCGCAAGGAAUCUAGAGGAUUGCAUAUUAGAUAGAAACCAAGCGGCGAUGACAGUACUCAAUGGCCACGUGGUAGUGUGCCUCUUCGCGGACCCGGACUCGCCUCUGAUAGGGCUGAGGAACCUGGUGAUGCCGCUGAGAGCCUCCAACUUCCACUACCACGAGCUGAAGCAUGUGGUGAUUGUGGGAAGCGUGGACUACAUCAGGAGGGAGUGGAAGAUGUUGCAGAAUCUGCCAAAGAUUUCUGUGUUGAAUGGUUCACCGCUAAGCCGGGCCGACUUGCGUGCAGUGAAUGUGAACUUAUGUGACAUGUGCUGCAUCCUGUCAGCGAAGGUGCCAUCCAACGAUGACCCGACGCUGGCUGACAAGGAAGCUAUCUUGGCUUCGUUGAACAUCAAGGCUAUGACGUUUGACGAUACGAUUGGAGUGCUGAGUGCAGGGGUGACGAAUGGUACGACGACGCAGCCGCCGGCCGGGGGCAACGCCGCGCCGGUUCUGCUGCAGCGGAGAGGGUCGGUGUAUGGUGCCAAUGUGCCUAUGAUUACGGAACUGGUGAACGACAGCAACGUGCAGUUCCUGGACCAGGACGAUGAUGACGACCCCGACACCGAGCUGUACCUUACGCAGCCCUUCGCGUGCGGCACCGCCUUCGCCGUCAGCGUGCUGGACUCCCUCAUGUCCACUACAUAUUUCAACCAGAACGCGCUAACGCUAAUCCGCUCGCUGAUCACGGGCGGCGCCACGCCCGAGCUGGAGCUGAUCCUCGCCGAGGGAGCUGGUCUCCGAGGGGGGUACUCCACGCCCGAGAGCUUGGCCAAUAGGGAUCGGUGUAGAGUGGGUCAGAUUUCCCUGUACGACGGUCCGCUGGCGCAGUUCGGCGAGGCGGGCAAGUACGGCGACCUGUUCGUGGCAGCGCUCCGGACAUACGGCAUGCUGUGCAUCGGCCUCUACCGGUUCCGGGACACGUCGUCCUCCUGCGACGCGAGCAGCAAGCGAUACGUCAUCACCAACCCGCCUGAUGACUUCUGUUUGCUGCCCACUGACCAGGUGUUCGUGCUGAUGCAGUUCGACCCAGGCGUGGAGUACCGCUCGCACCGGCGCGCGGCGGCGGGCGGCAAGGACGACGCGUCCUGACUAUUGCUGUGCAGCGCCCUCACCGACGGGCCCUACUCCUACAUCUAGGCGGGCCCGUCGCCGCGACCCACGACCGCCUCCCCCCUCCCCCCUCCCACACCGCGCGACCCCGCCCGAUCCGUGUUGAGUAGCACCUUGAACACGGCGAACUUCCAUAGCAUCAAGCAUGUCCUCGAAUACUUCCACGGCCAUUGAUCCAUUAUACCAACCAAUAUGGUACCAUAAUACCAGACAGCUCGUAGUAGUCUACGGUAGCUCGAUUCCGUAAAACCUGCAUCAAUCAUUAUUACAAUCGCAAUGGGGAUGAUGGCUAGGUCAAAAAUAAAUUAUUUCUUAGUAAUUAUUAAAUAGAGGGUCUUAAAAAAUUCGUAAAGUCCACAUUCGCUGGUAGUUUUAAGUUUGCUAACCAUUUUAAAUUAUCGAUGUAACUAAAAAAGUACGUCAAAUCACGUCAAAUGUUACGACAUCACAUCUGUGUAUUUCAUACAAGCUCCCACACUAGGCGAGCGUUUUGACGUUUGAUAAAAAGUCGCUGAUUUGACUAGUAGUCGUCAUCCCUAUUGUUGUUAUUGGCUAAAUUUAUGUUAUUCUUGUUGCAACAAUGCAUUGUAGCCAAUAGCGAGCAUCAUCCAAUCAAAGGUGAUGGCGAUCGUGGCAUUGAAGCUAUCGUUCUAACGCAAUCGAGCUGCAGGUUGCGGGAGAAUGACAGCUACAUUAAAUUCCUUUAUUUUUACGUAGACUAUCACUCUUCCGCAACUCGUGUGCUACCUUACGAGCCGUCACAGUGAAAUGUUAUACUAAACGUUCAUAGCGGAUGAAUUACAGAGGGUUAAACACCAAUCUCUCACUUUCUCUUACCAAAUUAACCUACAAAAUAUAAAGAAAAAUCAUUGUAUAAUAAUACAUCCGCUAUACAAUGUUUCUAAGUAAGGUGGAUAAAACAAGAUUUUAUGGUAUUCAUAGUUGCUUUGGUAAUAAUAGGUCAAUGCCCAUAGCUGAACGAUUUUCAUGAGUAACAAUGGAUUUCUUUGAAUUAAUCUGGAUAGAAUCCUUUCCGACAAUUAUUACUGACAAUUGCUUCUCAUACAUAACUCAUAUCUGACGAUUGUGAACGGACUCUAACAUAUCUACCAUAAUUAAAAAUCGCUUCCUCUUUUAAGGUCUAUUCAACACUAGAUCUGAGAUAAGUUUUAGUCAUGCUCGCGGAUCCUAGUACGACAUGAUAUGUGUGUAUAAUCUGUUUCAAGCGAUACAGUUUCUAGGACACUUUCGAUUUUCUUGACUUUCACACAAAAAUAAUUUGUAAUUUUUAGUAACUACCCUCUACUCUAAAAUUUUCUUUAUCUUUACAGUCACUAACUUUCGAAAGUUGUUUUGGAAACAACUAUUUAAGAUCGUUGAAUUUAGUGGAAAAGCUAAAUACUUACCAUAUUAAUUCGCGCUAGGAUUCGAUGCAUCUGUACCUUAUGAAGAUUUCACCUGAAUCGGGCCCCUUUUAGUUUUUAUUUUGGUUUCGAUCGGACACUGCACUGCAAAACUUUCACUCACUUCCAGCACAUGUUAGAAGAUUCUAGAAGAUCCGUGUUGCUUCGUUGUUGUGUUCGUUAUUCGAAAAACAAAACAAUAUUCUGGAACAUUCAAAAUCACACCGGAUUAUUAUUAAACGUGUAAAUAAAAUAUACCUACACUGAACACUUUAUAGUGCGUAUAUACAGGGUGACAAAGAUUAUAGAUAGAGAAGCUUUCGGUGUUUCAAUAUAUUUAGUCGUGAAUAUGUAGAUUGUGCCAUGUCAGAUUAUAGCGAAAACGUAAACGUAAGAGAGAAUCUUGGAUCCUGUAUAUACCCAACUAUGAUAGGCACACAAACAAAAACACAAAAGUGAGGGUAGGCAUACUUUAAUGGAUAGGUAAUUUACUUGGACUAUGUAAUCAAAUGCUCAAUGUAAAGGAGAACCUUUUAAACUUUUAAUUGCAAGACCGGUUUUAACAGGACGACCUAUAAAUAUAAGGUAUUGCAUUAUUUAAAAUAUUUUUUGUCUAUCGUUUAGAUUGUCCAUUCCUUAUCCAGUAGACUAUUUUUCACGGUUAAGGUUAUUUCUUAAAUUUAUAUUACGUAGAUUAUUUUAAGCAUUUAUAAUAUCGUUGUCGACUGAUCGAAGUUCAACUACUUACAUCAACCACAUACCGUCACAUUCAUUUACUCUUUUGUUACACCUAAUUAGUCUAUUUAUUUACAUUGAAUCGAACACUUAUUU